CAGAGUGUUAUCCAUCUUUUUUAUAUCUAUCGUAAAACUUAUCAGUAAUAUCAAUAUGUCUCUCAAGCUCAUCGUUGUUCUUGCUGCCUUAGUCGGUGUGAUUGCUGCGCAACACUACCAACUUCAACACCACGAGGAGGAACACCAUGGACCAGUUCAUUACGAAUUCAACUAUGACAUCCACGAUGAUCACACCGGGGAUGUCCAUGGACGCAAGGAGGCUCGCAAGGAUGAUCACACUCAGGGAGAGUACUAUCUAAUUGAUGCCGAUGGCCACAAGCGUACCGUUACUUAUCAGGUCGAUGGCAAGAGUGGCUUCAUCGCCCAAGUUCACCGUGAACCAAUCAAGGGACACCAGGCUCCUCAGCAAGUGCACAAAAUUGUCACUCCAAUUCACAAAGUACUUGCUGUUCCAGUGCACCAUGAUUAUCAUUACUAG